AACGCAUAGCAUGGGUUGGUUUGUGCGGUGCGUCAAUUGACACUGCGUACAUGCGGAAGCGAAAUCAACCAACACCGGGAAUGUCACGAAUCCGAAACCCCCAAACAACACGCGUUUCUGCUGAUUAUAUCUGUGUGAUUUAUUCAAAGGAGGUGAAGAACGAACAUCUCGCGUGGUAAAAUGGGCUAGUUUGUGUCACGUUGCUGUACACGACACUGACCAUCUGUAUAUCGAGUCCUCUCUGGGAACAUGAAGUCACUUCAGGUGCACGCCGCAUCCAACGCACAUUUUAACAACAUCAUCGUCCUCUCUGAGCAUCACAAACGUUUGCCCAACCCGAUGCUUCACUUCAGUUCUCUUCGGUCCCAGUUUACAGAUACUGAAAUGGACUAUGAGAGGCCUAAUGUCGAGACCAUUAAAUGUGUAGUGGUGGGCGACAAUGCUGUGGGCAAAACACGACUUAUAUGUGCCCGAGCAUGCAACGCCACACUAACACAGUACCAGCUACUCGCCACACAUGUGCCCACUGUCUGGGCUAUUGACCAAUACAGAGUAUGCCAAGAGGUUCUGGAGCGCUCCAGAGAUGUAGUGGAUGAUGUAAGCGUGUCUCUUCGUUUAUGGGACACCUUCGGAGACCACCACAAAGACCGCAGAUUCGCUUAUGGCAGGUCAGACGUGGUGGUCCUGUGCUUCUCCAUCACCAACCCCAAUUCUCUGUUUCAUGUGAAGACCAUGUGGUACCCAGAGAUCAAGCACUUCUGCCCUCGUGCCCCAGUCAUCCUAGUAGGGUGCCAGUUAGACCUGCGUUAUGCUGACCUGGAGGCUGUUAACAGGGCUCGGAGGCCUCUUGCAAGACCCAUCAAAGUCAAUGAGAUUCUUCCUCCUGAGAAAGGUCGAGAGGUGGCCAAAGAGCUUGGUGUACCAUACUACGAAACCAGCGUGGUGGCUCAGUUUGGAGUAAAGGACGUGUUUGAUAAUGCCAUCCGUGCUGCGCUCAUCUCACGGCGCCACCUACAAUUUUGGAAGUCUCACUUGCGGGACGUCCAGAGGCCCCACUUGCAGGCGCCCUUUCUGCCUCCCAAGCCUCCUCCACCCGUCAUAACCAUCCCGCCACCCCCCUCUACCACUGAGGACAACCCGGGAAGCUUGCUGGAGGAGUCACUGUGUGCUGAUGUGGUUCUGGUCCUCCAAGAGCACCAGAGAGUCUUUGCUCAUAAGGUCUACCUUGCAACAGCCUCCUCUAAAUUCUACGACCUUUUUGUCCAGGAUGUGAAAGCUGAGGCAGAAGGCAGGCAACCUCCGGGACGGGAGCCCCCCGUGCGGGCGGCCAGCUUUGAUAUGUGUGAGAGCAGCGAUGAAGAUAGCAGGGCCAACCUCAGGGCCUGCAUCAGUGAUGGUACACUGAUUGGGGGAGACUCAGAUGGGAUUUUAGAGGGCAGCCGUGGAGGAAGGAUUUUGUUUUCAUUGGGGCGGGCUUUUGUAAGCAUCAGGAGAGAAACUGUGCAAGACCCCAUCACGUUUAUCUCUCGGCCGAUGACGGUGGUACAUAUGGACCCUUCGGUGUUGGUUGGGCCAUUUCGUGUGGUGAUGCGUUACCUUUACACAGGACAGUUGGACGAACACGAGAAGGACCUGAUGCAUAUUGCUCACAUAGCUGAGCUGCUGGAGGUGUUUGAUCUACGCAUGAUGGUCGCCAACAUCCUCAACAAUGAGGCUUUCAUGAAUCAGGAGAUCACAAAGGCGUUCCACGUCCGACGGACCAAUCGGGUUAAGGAAUGCCUGUCUAAAGGAACAUUCUCAGAUGUGGUGUUUAAACUGGAUGAUGGCACCGUUCAAGCUCACAAACCUCUGCUCAUUUCAAGCUGUGAUUGGAUGGCAGCCAUGUUUGGUGGGCCAUUUGUUGAGAGCUGUACUAAAGAGGUGUUGUUUCCGAACACAACCUGUAGUAGUAUGCAGGCGGUGCUGGAAUAUCUGUACACGGGACGUUUCUGUUCUAGACCUGACCUGGAUGCCAUGGAGCUCAUUAUUUUGGCUAAUCGCCUCUGCCUGCCUCACCUGGUUGCCCUCACAGAGCUUCAUACUGUAACUGUUCUCAAUGAGGCUUCUGCCACUGGCACAGACAUAGACGGAGAUGUGCUCGUAUAUCUGGAAAUGGCUCAGUUCCACUGUGCCUACCAGCUCACCGACUGGUGCCUUCACCACAUCUGCACCAACUACAACAACGUGUGCCACAAGUUCCCCAGAGACAUGAGGGCCAAAUCAGCAGAGAACCAAGAAUACUUUGAGAAGCACCGCUGGCCACCGGUUUGGUAUCUGAAAGAAGACGACCACUACCAGAGGGCACGGAAAGAACGAGAAAAGGAGGACUAUUUGUCCCAGAAGCGGCAGAACAAGCGUAAAUGGGUGCUGUGGAACAUUCCGCCCUCUCCAUCAAACCCCUCAUCCUCAUCCUCCUCAGGUUCUUCAGCCAUCAUAUGAAGAGAUGUGAGAGUGAGGACUUCAAGAUGGAAAAACUUUAAGGUGCAGUGAACACAUCCAUGAACAGUCUUGCACCUUCUUCAACAAAUCCUGUUUUUUCCAGAGGGUUGAAAUCUCAACUGGUAUAAGAUCAGAGUUGAUCAACCCUGUUUUGAUGUUCUUGGUGCUGGAAGUGCUACACUUGAAAAUGUACAGGCAUCACAUUGGACAUGGGUGCCAAACAGGUCUAAAUUUGGAUGUAAAAUGUGUGCUGAUUGCAAGUAUGUAGUCUUGUAAACUUUCUGCUUGUUUUGAAUUAGGCAUUUUGGAGUCAUUUGCCUCCAUGAACUCUACCAUGGAGUGCAGGUAAAAUGUUGAAGAAAUGUUGAAGAAACUCUCGGCCUAUAUUAGUCGUCUAUUUCCGUGGUUCUCAACUGGUUUUGUUACAGGACCCAGAUUUUAUAUUGGACAUCAAGUAGCAACCCAACACAUUACCAGCAUUGUUUUACAAAAUAAACAUAGAUGGUUUCAUGCUCUUGGCAGCCAAUAAUUCACCACACAUUUUGGCAUGUCAUGCAACCUGUCCAUUUUGGCAUCUACUACUUCAACUAGCUUCUGCCAAGUAACCAAUGAAUUUCCACCAAAAUACUAGAGUUUGAUGUCUCUGAUGUCAGCAAAACAUAUGGGACAAAUUUUCUCUUCCCUUUAAAAAGUGUAUACAUUUUGGUUUUAUUUUUUAAUUAGUUGCAUUUUGUUAUUUGCAUUUAGCACUGUUUGUUUCCCUGCUGACUGUGACCUGAUCAGAACAAACCUGUAACCCCACCCCCCCAGUUGAGAACCACUGAUCUAUGUUUCAUUUAAAAGCUCAAGCAAUUGAGAAAGCAGAACUGUGGAACACAGAACCAAUUAAAAACCUCAUAUCUCAAGAAUAGUCACCUCAAGAACAAAAGUAAACCUGUUUGAAAAAAUCUCUGUGCAUUUUAGCUAGUAAUAUUGAUCAUUUUUAGCAUUGUUCCAUCAAUGACUCUUUGUGAUUCAUCCCCUGAAUCAUAUAAUAUAUUCUCCUGAUUAUAACAGGCAUGACAACUGCGUGAUCACUAGACUCAAAUGUUAAAAUUAUAUUGGAAAAUAUUAUAUUCCAUUUACUACAUAAUUGUGCCAUGUCCUCUUAGACUUCACGGCAUGGCAAAACUCUGCUGGCAGAGGUUUUUGUGUGUGUGUGUGUGUUUCAAACUAGAUGAUCAUCAAGCUUAUAUUUUUCACUACAACAUAGUUUGGACAUUGAAAGGAGUGAGGAAACGUUUACAUAUUUACACAUUUAGUAAAGGCAGCAAGUUUCCUUGAAUUCCAUUUUACUACAGAGGAGAUAUAGUACCAUGCGUUUCUUGAGUUUCUUGAGUUUUAUGUGUUCAGAUUAACUGUCGGUGACAGAUCUUGUGGUAAUCCUAUAUAUUGUCUGAUGGUACUGUUGCACCUGUUUUAAUUGUCUUUUGAAAUGUAAUGAUGUAGUGUUGGUUCUGAAUAGAUAAUAUCAUGCAAUCAGCGGUGACUCUGUAAAGCAAAAAUGUAAAAUCUAAUCAAAGGAAAUGCUUUAUAUCUGAAUUAUAUAAUGACAAAAAUUAUUUGGUUUGCUUAGUGAAUUUUUUUAUUUAAAACACAGUUUCUGCUUUACUUCCUUUUUACAUGGUUUCACAUAACUUGCUUUACACCAUUUUGCCACAUUGUGCUGCUUUAAGCAAUGUUCCGGGUUCAAAACAAGUUAAGGUCUAUGGACAGCAUCUGUGGCAUUCUGUCAAUAACCACAAUCAGCUACAACACCAUUACUCUUUCUGUCACAAGGGAGGAGCCAAAAGUGUCAGUAUAAAUAAUUUAGCUGGAAAUAACUUAGUAG